CGAAUCCUCAAUCGUCAUUUUCUUCCCGAAAAUGGCCGCAUCAGGAGGAAAUAUUGAAUGGUCUACAACUGUUAAACCAAUAUUAACAGCUCUUUACGGCCCGUUUUUCGACAAAAACGAUGCCGUCGAAAUCAUCCAAGCCAUCAUCAAAAGUGAAAGUGAAUUCCAGAACCAUGAAGACAUCUAUGACUUGUUCUACACAUGCUUUGCAUGCCUCUCUGCACAUUUUAUUAGCAUGAAUGCUAAUAACUUACCAAAUGAUCAACUGAGUACAGCCAGAGAUGCAUUCAGAGUGAUUCUCCGACAAAUACUGAAGAAGCUCUCCGAAGCCGGAUUGAGCUGCGAUGAUACCAACACAACCGCUGCUCCCAAUGUGUCUGUUAAGCAGCUACUGUUGCCCAUUGUGGGGCUAUGCGGAAUCGACGGCGGGGGUUACCCCCAAUCUGACCUAGUGAUUCUGACAUCACUACUGAAAAAUGCGAAACUACCUGCACAUGUUUCUGUGCCUGAGUCCCAAACAACAAAAUCAUCAGUCAUACCCAGCUCGAUUACGUCACUAGCUUCUCAAACCACGCCCACUGAGAAGCAGCCGCCGUCUAACGCCCAGCGGCGUUCUGACGCACUGUUAGAACAACUGACGGCGCCGCUGAGGAACCCGGUGGCUUCUAUGACGUCAUCUCAGGCUGCCCCGGCCACGGCUGUCCUGUCGCCCGGGAGUAAGGAUAGUUUGGAGAGCGCUAAAGAUGGGAAUGCUUCGCAACAGGCUUCUAUUGAUAUGAAGAAGUGGGUGGCAUCAACCUGCUCAUCAUUACUAAUGGAGCUGAGAGCUGGCUCCGUGGUGCUGAAGGUCUGCUCCUCGUUACCCUGUCUGCAGCGGUACCUCAACCGCUGGCAGACGGCUAAGGAGACUGCCGUUGCACCACAGUUUAACUCUGAUGCCUCACUUCUUCAUUUCCUGGUGAACGAGGUGCACGUCUGCCGCCUGGCUUUAUCUCUGCCGUGCCUGGAGCCGUUCACGCCUGAACGCAUCAUGACGCUCAGUGACGUUAGCAUCGCUGGCCUGCUGUGUGCCACUGCGCAGGCAUCGCUCCACCCGAAAGACGAGGAGUAUGAGCAGCAGACGGCCACCCUGGUGGAGAGUGCACUGAGCCUCUACAACACUGUUGGCGAGACAUUCAAACAGUCUACACGCGCUGGUGGUUAUGUAUAUCAAAACCACCUAAUGAUCGGCGGUUGGGUGCUGCUGUGCGGGCUGCAUCACGCGCUGGCAGGAGCCCCCUGUCCUUCUACCACGCCCGGCAAGAGCCCCGCUAAAACGCCUUCUAGGCCUUACAAUCUUACUAAGAUGCAACAAGGUCUAGGCGUAGUAUGGGUAGCGCUAGGCGGUCGCUGCCUCGCCUGGGUGGGCGCGCUACUAUCCGACGCCCGCCUAGAAGCGCUGAGUUGUGGCGAGGCAGUGGUCACGACUCCCGCGCCGCUGCACAUACUAGCGCAACAUACUGCGCAUCAGAGGGAAUUGAGGCUCGCUUCUGCUGCGCCUUUGCAUCAGCUUCUAGUGGCGUUAGGCGUAGUGUGCUACCGUAAGGCGACGAACUUGAAGCGCGCGGUAGUACAGAAGCAGCACCAGGACGCCGACCCCGACCGCUCCGACUCCACCGUCUACUUCCAGGACAUGAUACUGUGCUCCGAGGACUCGGAGACUGAUGAUGACAGCGAACCUCUCUUCGGCUUGUGGUUCGAGUCGACGCUCGUGGCACCUGAUGCUACGGACAACAGCGGGUUGGUUCGUGCAUCGGGCAACAACGACAAUAAUGAUAACGCGGAUGCACCGCAGCGCCCGCAUCAGGCUAUCGUGCCGGAUAAAGCUGAGCCUUAUUCUUACAUAACACUAGCGACAGAAGUUUUCACCCUUCUAACCGAGGAGAUCAUAAGCGAGGGUUCAGAGCGUCUCGGCCAGCACUCGCUGCAGCUACACGAUGCUCAUCAGGCGCUGCUGGCGGCGCUAGCCAAGGAUCUGGAUAGAGAGACUGCCAGGACUGACACUGGUACAAUAUCAGCGUGCUUCGGUGCCCGCCUCGGUGCACUAUACGCGGCGUUCAGUUCGGCGCUAGUGCGCUAUUUACACAAUCUGAGCGGCGCCCCCGCAUUCGCGUCGUUACAGCCCGCAUUACAUCAGCAGCUGAUAUCCGCCGGCUCUGAGAGGACUAAUAUGACGCCUUUGCAGGUUGGACCUCGAGUAGUUAAACUCCUAGGCGGUAUGGUCCUCAGCAAGCAGGCAGCUGAACGCGAAAACAGCAUCCUAGCUAUGUGGCAUAAGAUUGUGAACACCCUGCAAGAAUGUGCACUCCAAGCCCAACCUUCUCAAGAUCAUGAUUAUGAAGACUUGAAUGUUGAGCAUGCUCAACUCUUGGUAUAUCUAUUCCACUCACUGACGCUCAUGCAGAAGAAGUCUGUUCUUCUUAUGACGUCCAAUGCCAUCAUAAAGGUGGUGGAGACAUUAGCCAUCAGUGACAGGAAGCGUGCAAUGAAUUUGGCGCCGCAUCAGCUGAUGUUGACUACGAGGUUGAUGCUACUGCUCGAGUACUUGAUGAGACAUCUGUAUGAUGCUCCGCAGACGUUGUUGCAACAGAUCGAAUGGAACUUAGUAAUAGCACCAGGUUUGGCCCAACCCUCAACCGAAGCGAACGCUAACGGCAAUAAGACGACCACCAACGGCCAGCCGAAGUCGCGCAUCUAUUGUGAAGUGCCGUAUAUUGAGCAGGCUUAUAGAAGAUUGUCGCAGGAUGAGAGCUCUAUGAGGCCUAAGUUCUAUGCGUUGACUAGCGCUGAUAUUAAUAAUCAGGAAAACCCGAAAUUCGACGGGCUAGCCUGCAACUUCGUGCUCGGAACACCACAUAAGCUGAAGUACCCGCUACUACUGGAUGCGUUGUUAGCGUUACUGAACUCUGCGUGUAUAUGCGAUAACUCGCAGUACCACGGGUCACCUGCUGCGUUGGCGGCCGCACAUUAUUGCUACCAGACUGCUUGGAGGCUAGUAAUAAGCAUGCCCCCCGCCACCCCGCACAUGGACAAGCUACAAGCGGGCACAGCAGCAGAUCUACCGUCGCCGCUCCCUCUACACGCAGUCGUGUGGGCCCCGCGCGCUGACAAUAAGAAGGUUUUCAACCCCUGGCUUAAGGAUGCGCUGGUUAAGCAGGGGAUGUAUACUCAGUAUGCUGAGAAUCUUCUUGCCGGCGUAAGCGCAUCGUGCGAUAACAUCAAAUAUACAGCGUGGUUGGCGUCUGAGACAAUCAAACAUUUGAAGCAAAAUGUCACUGCAAACGGCCUACCAUCACUACUUGACGUGAUUUCCUGCGAUUCGGCACUGGUCAGGUUCAAAGUGUGCCUAGCUGAUUCUGCCACACCAUCGGAGGCGCAUCAGUUCAUGCCAGACCUAUUGGACUUGCUGGAAACUAUUCUUGAUUGUUGCCGUCUCAGCGCAGGCCUCGAACUCGAAGGCCUAAUGGAGAGUUCAAACAACCCAUCCGAAGCUGCAGUAAGCAAGGCUCGUCUACAAGUAUGCGGUACUUCCGGGCCCGUCGGUAAUGCGGCCGGUAGUACUCCUCCCCCGGCGCUAGGGGCCUGGUUGAGGGCUCAUCUGCCUUCAAAUGCUGCUGCUGCGUUGGAUAGGCUGAGUUCGCCGCCUCCGUUGGCUUGUAUUAAUUUGGCAUUCUACGCGGCACACAUAAUACCAUCAGAAAGCGCAGUACUCAACCUAGUUUCCUCCCACUGCGAACUCAUCACAGCUAACACGAAGUACUCUCUCGGACCGUCGCUUAUGAUGCUCGCGUAUUCCGCAGCGAAGCUUUUAGAAGUCGGCGCCAGUAAACUCGCUGAUAACCCUGAGUUGAUGAAGAAGACUUUCGACUUGGUUAUACCGGCUUUGACUGAUGGCCGUCUCGAAUUCAUGUCAGAACCACUAGCGGCUACAUUAAACACGCUUGUUCCACAAGUGCAGAAAGCUGAACAAUUGAUACACGAACACAUACUCAAGACUACGUACGGCGUGCUCGUUGAACAUCUGCAGCCGUCUACUGAGAAGACUUUGAGACAUAUGGUAAAAUACUGGGAAAAGAUAUUGGACCGCCCUGCCGGCAGAUUGGCUUAUGAAAAAGUGUUCGCUGAAAACUCCGGAUAUUCUCUCGGAAAGAUCCUUUUGUCGGCUCCCAAUGCCAGGAAUCCUUACGCUGAAAGGGUUAUCAAGUUAUUCAUCAAGAUAUUCACUGGUUGCGAGAAUGAGCUCAACGGCAAUCUAUGCGUGUCUGUCUGCAAGUUCAUUGGAGUUGCUGAUCAACAGCGGCUGUCCACUCUACUGGCACACAUCUGUUUAGGUGCUCCUGCUACAUCAACAAACGGCACCACGGGUACAGCAAACGGAACUCCAACGGAAACAGAAUUACCGACGCCUACGUCAUCAGCUCCCGAAGCCAGUGGUAAUCCCGCCUCCCUGGCGUUGCGCAACGCUUUGCGCAGUGUGUUCCGCAGCGAGAGCGACGCUGCGCAACGCAAUGAUUCUAAUGCGCAAAGGAAUGACUCGGAUUUACCGGUGUUUGAUGCGCCUUCUCCAGCUCCAAGAGCACAAUCCGAUACUGCGCAACAAUCUGCAAACUCAGAAAGCUGCAGCUGGUCGGACGGCAGUAAGGACAGCGGUGGCGCCGCCACAACGGCAGCGGCCACUGCGGAACCAACUCCCGCGCCUCUCGCCGACGCCGCCAAUGAUAAUGCCGCGUUAUUAUCGGCUCUAUGCAAGCAUGUUGUGCAGCACUGUGGUGACGAAGUAAGCGAGCGCAUGUUAACGACUCUGAUCGGUGUGUGCGGCGAGAGUGCAUGCUCGCCGCUGCUGCUGCGCGAGAUGUGUCGCCUGGCGGACGCGCAUGCCGGCGGGGACCAUCGCCAGCUGUUCCCGGCGGCUGUCGGCUGGCUGUCGGCUUGUGUGGAGAAUCUAAGCAGUCAAGAAGUACUGGACAAGUUGGAAGAAGGUCAAGUGGACGGCACACUGGCGCCGCAGAUUGAGUCCGCUUGUGUGCUCCUGUCUUAUCUCGCGGACGCUUUGCACGCCAUCAAUACUACACAGCCACAUACAUGGCGUUCGGUCAGUCCUACUUGGGAAUCACCUUCGGAUCUCGGAUUCGAUCUGGAUUACACAGACGAACAACAGGACGAUGACGAUACAAGCGCUGAUGAUUCUGACGAAGACGUAAUGCUCCAAUACAAGUUAUGCACAUUUACCGUAACUCAACGAGAAUUCAUGAACCAGCACUGGUACCACUGUCACACGUGCAAGAUGGUGGACGGUGUGGGAGUGUGCACUGUAUGCGCAAGAGUCUGUCACAGGGGACACGACGUGUCUUACGCCAAGUUCGGCAACUUCUUCUGUGACUGCGGCGCCAAGCCCGAUUCUAGUUGCCAAGCUCUAGUGAAACGCUCAGUGACGCUGGGCGGCGCUCGCGGCGCCGGCACAGAGGAGGCUGCGCCCGCGCCGUCUCUGCGGCGCCGCCCCUCCAGCCCCGCGCCGCCCGCUAUACUCGCCCCACCCCGCAGGCCUGUGCUCGCAUCUAAUAUACAAGGUUGUCGCCAAUACCUGUCCUCAUACUCCGGCUGGGGUACCUGCAUGGAGCGUGUACGCCGCUUACUCGAAGCGUUAGCGGGCCCGGUCCGCGCCGCCUGCGAGCGGGCCGCACCCACUGGGGCCCAUGGCCGGGCCCAACGAGCGCUAGCUCAACUUCAUCUGGGAGAGAAGAAGUUUACGCAUACUGAUAAUCUGAUGCUGCCUACUCUUGGUUCCCAAGAAGGUGCAUUCGAGAACGUUCGCAUGUCAUACACCGGAGAAACGGGACAGACUAUCCGUCAACUGAUGUCUGCACACAAGCUUCGUCGUGUAGCCAUGUGCUGCCUCGCCUCGCCGCAAGGCAGGAGACAACAUCUCGCUGUGUCGCAUGAGAAAGGAAAAAUCACCGUCCUUCAGCUAUCAGCUCUACUAAAACAAGCGGACUCUUCGAAGCACAAGUUAACUCUGACCCGUCUAUCAUCCGCGCCCAUACCGUUCAUGGUGCUCAGUUUAAGCGGCAACCCAUGGAAUGAGGACCUGUUGGCUGUGUGCGGAUUGAAGGAGUGUCAUGUGUUGACUUUUAAUAGUGGCGGUGCCGUAGCCGACCACCUAGUCCUGAACACAGGCUUAGAAGGCAACAACUACGUCAUCAAAGCAAUAUGGCUGCCCGGCUCUCAGACGCAGCUGGCGCUCGUCACCUCAGACUUUGUCAAGAUAUACGAUCUGAGCAAGGAUCUUAACAAUCCCAUGCAUCACUUCCUUGUGCCCAGUGGAAAGGUCCGCGACGUAACAUUCGUCAACCAAGACGGCGUGAUGCAUAUGCUGUGCAUGAGCUCCGCCGGCCAUAUCUACUGGCAACCCAUGAGCGAAGAGUCUCGCGCCACUCUAGGCACGUUCUACGUCACCAACACGCUAGAGGUGCUCCAUCCGGAAAUACAGGAUGUCGCGGGAUUGGUGGGAGGGGGUGGAGUCUCCAUAUACUACUCCCAUACCCUGAAGAUGCUGUUCUUCUCGUAUGCUCAAGGAAAGAGUUUCCUGGCUCCUCUUAACACCGUUGAAGAGAGCCUCAAAGGUACAGCAAUGAUCACCCUAUCAACAACCUCCACACAAAAGGAGGGCGGAGGCCGCGGAGGUGGCAAGCAAGGAGGAGUACAAUCCCUCUGCCAAUGGGCCGAAGUGCCCGGACAUCCCGGCCUUGUGACAGCUGUCAUGCAGGCUUCUAACAAUCCAGUGGUGUUGAUGCUGACGCCUACUAAUAUAUUCGUGCAGGAGAUUAAGGUGGUACCAGCCAAAGCCAAGAUCACAGACAUGGUAGCGGUGCGCCAUUGGUGCGGUGGUGGUGGUGAACAGAAGUCCACUCUCAUAUUACUGUGUGAAGACGGCAGUUUGCGCAUGUAUGCGGCCAGUAGCGAUCAUACUGGGUACUGGCUGUCGCCUGCCAUACAACCUACGCAUGCGCCGAGGAGACGGCCUAGACUGUUGACGCAUCAUUCUAAGGGGAAGGCUCAGCAGGUGGUAACAAAAUCGAAUGCCAACGGCGCUCCUCAGUUCCCGAUCGAUUUCUUCGAGCACUGCGUUGCGAUGAACGACAUUGAAUUUGGCGGAAACGAUUUGUUGCAAGUGUACAAUACUGCACAAAUCAAACAUCGGCUUAAUACUACUGGUCUGUACGUCGUAUCGACAAAGAUGAGUGGUUUCGCUAUGGAAGUGAUGAACUCUGAUCCUAAUAUGGUCAUCUGUGGUAUAAGAGUUCUUCUUGGCAGUCAAGAUGUUGCCAGAACACCUUCUUACGUAGAGGUUUACGGCAGAAUUAUUCAGACAAUAGUGGUGCGUAAUCGUUGGUUCGAUAUUCCGCUUACACGUGAAGAGUCCCUACAAUCUGAUAAGAAACUGUCUAUCAACUUUGGACCCUCUCAAGAUCCUGAUGGUGUUACUAUGGUUGACUCUGUCAAAGUGUACGGAAAGAAUAAGGAACAAUUCGGAUGGCCCGAAGAUAACGAGGAUCCAUCAGCUUGUCCUUCAUCUAGCAAAGUUGCUCAGGAGGGUGAAGGCGCCGGCGGAGCCUGGAAACCAAGUCCACUCGAGCGUCUCGCCUGUGCCGCACUAGAAGCGCUAGAGUUAGGCGCCGGCGCAUCGGCCGCCGGUGUUCACGCGGCCGCCGAGCCGGCUCGACGAUUGUUAUGUGCGCCGGCGCCGCCGCAUUUGCAUGCCAGAGCGCAGUGCUUGCUGAGAGCGUUGCAUCAUACGCAUUAUCAUCAGUACAAGGAUCAAGCUAUCCUGAAAUACGUGUGCACAUCACUGCGCGAACUUCGUGACACUGCCGACCCUCACAACAUCGACCCUGAAGCCUACUUCAGGCUGGUACUCCUAGCAAGAGGUGUGGCUGUCGCUAGGCCUAACCAUCUUGUGAAGUAUAGUGCUCCUACGCCGCAGAGACCUGCGAAUGGCGACUGGUCAGUCCUCUGGAAAGGCGACAACCAAGACCAAGAGAAGGAGAAAGAACCCCACCUCUGCGCGUUACUAACCAGCGUACUAUGGCGCCUCGCCGCCUGUCGCACAUCCACGGCGCAGCCGCCGGGCAUCCUGUCCUAUGGGCUGCGACAUCCAGAACAUACGAUGCAUGCGUUAGCUGAUACCGUGCAUGCUUUUCAGUUACAUGCUGAACCUGAGUGUGUGGAAUUCGGCAACCAAAUCUACCUUUCUCUUCUGCUGGCUGAGGAUCAAAGCAUUAGCUUCGGAGCGAAGGCUGCGCUGAUGCGUGUGCUCAGACCACGAGUGAAGAGGCGCCGCGUCUACAUACCAUCACCACCUAAUACUCCUGGAACAGGCGCAGGUUCCUCAGUAACCACAGCGCAACCGACAAGCUCGAUCACCGAAGCGGUGGUAUCUGAGUCUGAUCUUAGCGCCACCCGUGACGAACAUCAAGAGAACCAGUUCAUGGAUGUCGAUGAUUCUCUCGAGCCCAUGGUGUUGUUGGCUCCUGAUGGAGGUCUCGAAGCAUUACUAGACAUCCCCCCGGACGCGGACGACGAGACGAUGGUAGAGCUAGCCAUCGCUCUGUCGCUGCAGGAGCAGCCGCGCCGAGCGCCGCCCGCGCCCUCCGCCCCGCCACCACCCGCGCCCGGGUUCAGUGACGCUACUGCCUCGCCGCCUGGUUCUGACGACGAAGGCAGCACGGCCGCUACAGACGGUAGCACACUCCGCACAUCUCCCGCCGAACCACCUGGCUCAGCCGGUUCUGAAUCCGGAGGCUCCGGCGCCGAUAGCAUCGGAGGGGUUUCUGGACGAAGCAGUGCUUAUGGCGAAAUGGUGUCGGCCCCGUCCGCCGGGACGAUGCCUGCGUCCAAUAUCAUCGCGGCGCCUGUUGCUAUCGCAGCCGGACCAUCAACAUCGUCAAGUCAGCCAGUAGCGUCUACCUCACGUACUAUGGAAGCGGAGAGCGAGACGCGCAAGUUACACGCGCUCCGACUGUCUCUACUAUCUGCCGCUCUAGACGCCCUGCCGUCUCUGAGAUACCUGCCGGGAGUCAGGGCUAUACCCUUCGUGCAGGUCGUCCUAAUGCUAGCCGGCGACUUAGACUCAAGCGUCGAAGGAGACCGAACAGUCUUAGACCGCCUCCUCGAACUCCUAGUUUCUGAACUCGACAUACAAAGCGAAGAGAACCCAGAAGAACGUACAGACAGGCGGGAGUUACAACUCGCUAUUAUGCGCUUAGAGUUGUUGGUGUCAGAGCUUGAUAUGCACGGAGAUGAGACGCCGCCCCCGAUACAUGAGAGGACCAAUAGGAGGGAGCUGCAGUUGGUUAUUAUGAGGCUGCUUAGUGUCCUCAUGGCUCGUUGGAAGACAUCAGCGACAGGCGGGCCGGUGCCGCGCGCGGAAGUCACGGGCGGUGCCUGCGCGGCGCACGUGUCGCGCUUAGCAGCCGCCGCGCUGGUCCGCGCCGGUGCGCCCGCGCAUUGCUUCCGCGUGCUGUCUGCGCUACUGCCGUAUUGGAAGGAGAAGACUUCCAGUUCAGGAGCGGCGACUACUGGCCAAACAUUGCUGAAACCGCAACCACCACAGCCUUUGCCUGACAUGCAGCCCUUCUUUGUAAAGGAAUAUGUCAAGAGUCACGCUUUAGACGUGUUCGAUAACUACCCACAACUUCUAAUGGAGAUGGCACUGCGUCUUCCAUGCCAAAUUCACAAGCACUGCGACCCGGCGCACUUUGAUCAGCGCUGGCGCACGUUGCUGUGUGAAUACAUGAUGAACCAACAGACUCCGCUCAGGAAACAAGUGCGCAAACUCCUACUCCUCCUCUGCGGCACUCGCGAGCGUUACCGCCAGUUGCGUGACGUCCACGCUCUCGACACGCAUCUGAACGCCGCGCGCGCACUCCUCGCUACAGACCCGGCUUACGACAAGCUUGUGCAACUUAUGGAUCAUUUGAAGGCUUGCGCAGAGAUAGUGAGCGCCCGCACGGGCAACUGGCAGCACACGUGCGCCACGGAGCGGCGCGAGGCGCUGGCGUGGCUGGUGACGGUGGCGCGGCGCGUGCACCCGCACGUGGCGCCCACCGUGCUGCAGCUGCUGCAGGCUGCGCUCUGCGCGCCUCCUCAUCACCAGCGACCUGCUGAGAACAAGCAAAACACAGCUGAUUGGCCGGACCGCGAACGCAGCGCUGAGAAUGAUGCUUUCACGACCGAUGGCUCCAAAUUCCAAGAGCAGAGAGUUGGGCCACUCGUUCAACAGAUCUUGAAACAAGUGUCCCAAGAUGAACUGAGGAUGUUUGUGAAAGCAUUCUUACUGGAGACCAACUCGACAGCCGUGCGUUGGCAAGCCCACGCUUUGCUUCUCGCUAUUUACAACAACUCUGGUCAAACGGACCAGUCUUCGCUGGUAUCACUACUGUGGGGCAUUUGGCCUACACUACCGCAGUACGGACGCAAGGCCGCACAGUUCGUUGACCUGCUCGGCUACUUCACGCUCAAGACGCCUAAUAUUGAUACUGAGAAAUACGUAGGCAGCGCCGUAGAGCUACUCCGCAAUCAGAACCAGCUCCUCUCGUCCCACGGUAACGCAGCCCUAUACGCCGCUCUCGGCUCCUACGUCGAACUAGACGGCUACUACCUGGAGUCUGAGCCUUGUCUCGUGUGUAACAACCCUGAGGUUCCCAUGGCAACCAUCAAACUGCCCACUAUCAAGAUCGACUCGAAGUUCACGACGACCACUCAGAUCGUGAAGUUAGUCAACAGCCACAUGAUCAGCCGCAUCAACUUGCGGAUCAGCGACAUUAAGCGCAGCAAGAUGGUGCGGACCAUCAACUUUUAUUAUAAUAAUAGAACUGUACAAGCAGUUCAGGAGCUCAAGAAUAGACCUGGAAUGUGGCACAAAGCUAAACGCGUUCAAUUGCAAUCUGGCCAAUCGGAAGUGCGUGUUGACUUCCCACUGCCUAUCGUGGCGUGCAAUCUCAUGAUGGAAUAUGCUGAUUUCUAUGAGAACCAACAGGCUACCGGCGAAUCCCUGCAAUGCCCUCGUUGUUCGCAAUCUGUGCCCGCCAACCCUGGCGUCUGUGCUAACUGUGGAGAGAACGUCUUCCAAUGCCACAAGUGUCGCGCAAUAAACUACGACGAGAAAGAUCCCUUCCUUUGUCACGCGUGCGGUUUUUGCAAGUACGCCAAGUUCGACUACACUCUCACAGCUCGGCCAUGCUGUGCCGUCGACACUAUUGAGAACGAUGAGGAACGCAAAAAGAUGGUGCAGACUAUUGGGGCGCUGCUCGAUAAAGCUGAUCGGGUUUAUCGACAGUUGACUUCUAAUAAGCCUGUUUUGGAGUCUCUCCUCCACAAAAUAAGUGAGCAUCGACUCGAAGGCCGUACAGGCGAUGAGAACAGCAACGCCAGCAACACUUCGUUCAGCGGCGCUCAGAUCAACCGCGUCAUACAAACUCUUGCGCAUAAGUACUGCGUCGACAGUAAAGGACACUUUGAGGACUUGUCUAAGAUCAUACAGAAGGUUCUAGCAUGCAGGAAAGAGUUGGUGGCAUUCGAUAGAUCGCAGAGUGAGUUGACUAAAGGCGAUACUCUACCAGUUUAUGCUGGAUUGCUGCAGAAUUAUGACGGCGAUGUUACUAAAGGUGGUGGUUGCUAUGGCUGCGCCCUAGCAUGCGCGGAACAUUGCCUCACACUGUUACGAGCGCUCGCGUCGCAAGCGGAACAUCGCACCCGACUCUGUCGCUUUGGACUCGUGCAGGAAUUGGUGCAGCAUAACUUGCACCGUGGUACUCCUCAGUGCCAGGAGGAAGUACGUGCAUUGAUCUGUCUCGUCACCCGUGACAAUCUUCCAGCGACGGAACAUCUUUGCAACUUACUGUCUCAACGCAUUACUCUCUCGCUCAUGGGACACGCUGCCUCGCAAGAUCAUAACAAUUCGGUCCGGCCCUUGGUUCUUCUCUUGGGUUCUCUGGUCAAAGUUCAAGAUUCGGUUGAGUGUUGGGAGUCAAGACUUCGCUGUAUUGUCAAACUAUGGGUUUGGUGUUGCCCUCAACUGACAGAAGUGGCCGGCAUAACUCCGGCGGCCAAUACGAUUCUGAAGGCCGAAGCUUUGGCUGGCAUACCGGGCAUCAACUCGUCUUCGCCCAACUCGCACCAGUUCGCGCUGCAGCAGGUGGCGCUGCCGUGCCUGCGCUACAUGCAGCAGCUCAUGGCGCCGCUCGCGCCGCCCGCGCAGCCGCCGGCGCCCGCGCAGCCCGCGCCCGCUGACGCCGACCAGGCUAAGGAUGCUGCUAAGGAACCAGUAUCAACCACAACAUCAGCAACCGGCACAGCAGCCGCUUCAACCUCCGGCAACGUGGUCGUCGACCUCGCAGCCUGGUUAGCAGGCAAGGUGCCUCACUCGCAGUGGCGUCGCCUGUCUAGCGCGAGAGUAGACCGCCCGCCUGUCGCCGCGACUAUGCUGAGGGAUUUGCAUCUCGCUAGCAAGUACCUUGCUAAGUGGAGGGAGAGGACGAUGCUCUCCCACGGCAUGCGGCCCCUGGCGCUGGAGGACGGCGGCUGGCUGCGGCCCGUCAUGUUCGACCCGAGCUCGCGUAUAGCGCGCGACACCGCCUGUCAGAUGGUCAAGUCGCUCUGUGACUCCUACGAGAGGACUAAAGCGGUACUAAUUCUGCUAACCAGCUUCUUACCUGAAGUAGGUUCGGCUGGAGAGGCCAGCGAACAGUUCUUGCAACUUUAUCAGACGCUGGCGUCCGAAGCGCCAUGGAAGCAAUUCCUGGCUUUGCGUGGAGUUCUUCAGCAGAUCGCUGACCUUAUGACUAAAGAGAUUGAACAACUGCAUCGCCUAGAAGAGACUACUCUCACCUCUGAUUUGGCUCAAGGCUACGCUCUAAAGCGUCUAACCGAGCUCCUCGCGAUGUUCCUGGAAGAAAGCGGUGCUCGUCGCACGUACAAGGGGCGGCUGGUGGGCGCCGUGCUGGGCGGCUACCUGUCGCUGCGCCGCCUCGUGGUGCAGCGCACGCGCCUCACCGACGACACGCAGGAGAAGCUGCUCGAGCUGCUCGAGGAGAUGACUACUGGUACCGAAGCCGAAACAGCAGAGUUCAUGGCGGUCUGCAUAGAAACGGUGCAAAAGUACCCGUUACACGACUACCGCACGCCCGUGUUUAUCUUCGAGAGGCUCUGUUCCAUCAUCUACCCUGAAGAGAACGAUGUCGGAGAGUUCUUCCUUACGUUGGAGAAGGAUCCGCAGCAGGAAGACUUCUUGCAGGGCCGCAUGUUAGGCAAUCCCUACUCAUCUCUGGAACCCGGCAUGGGUCCUCUAAUGCGGGAUGUGAAGAACAAGAUCUGUACCGACUGCGAGCUGGUAGCCUUGCUCGAAGACGACAACGGCAUGGAGUUGCUCGUCUGCAACAAGAUCAUGUCGCUGGACCUGCCUGUUAAGGAUGUUUACAAAAAGGUUUGGUGUACAUCGGGCGAGGGCGUAGACGCAAUGCGCGUGGUCUACCGCAUGCGAGGCCUCCUCGGUGACGCUACCGAGGAGUUCGUGGAACGCCUGACACAAGCCAACGCGGAGGCCGUGGAUGACGAACAGCUGUAUAGAAUGGCCAACGUGCUUGCUGAUUGCGGUGGUAUAGAAGUGAUGCUACAACGCCUCGCCGCGAUCCAACGUGUAGGAGCCGCUCGAGCACUUUGUUCCACGCUCCUCCGUCUCGUGUCUCUGUGCACGCGCGUGCGGCGCUGCGUGCGCGUGCUGACGCGUGCGGAGACACGUGCACUGCCCGUGCUACUGCACGCGCUGCACCUCGCCGCUAUAGAGGAGAAGGACAUGGCCAGAGCUCAGCUCGUGUAUCAGCUGCUGGAGAUCAUGGAGCGUAUCCUGUCGGUGGCUGCUAGCGAGAGCCUCGAGUCGUUCCUUCAGUUCUCGCUCACCUUCGGCGGUCCGGAAUACGUGCAAGCCCUGCUCAACUGCACUGAAUGUCCAGGAAUCCGCAACAACUCAGUGGCUCUCGGCCACCUAACCCGCGUCCUAGCAGCCCUAGUCUACGGCAACGAUCUCAAGAUGGCCAUGCUAGUAGAACACUUCAAGCCAGUACUCGAUUUCGACCGGCUGGACUCGGAACAGUGGACGGAAGAGGAGUUCCGUAUGGAACUGUUCUGUGUGUUCUGCGCUAAUAUCGAGAGGAACUCUAUCGGUGGAACGUUGAAGGAUUACCUCAUCUCGCUUGGUGUUGUGAGGGACGCGCUUGAGUAUAUCGUGAAACACGCGCCGUGUGUGAAGCCGACACUGGUGUGCACGGACUCUGACGAGCUUAAGGAGUUCAUCAGUCGUCCUGCACUCAAGUACAUUCUGCGCUUCCUCACCGGACUGGCCGCUGAUCACGAACCCACACAGAUGUUAGUAUGCGAGAAGGUAAUUCCGAUCGUCCACCGUCUCGAACAAGUAUCAUCCGGCGAGCACGUGGGCUCUCUCGCGGAGAACCUUCUAGAAGCUCUGCGCUCGCAGCCGCAGUGCGCUGCUAAAGUGCAGCAAGUCCGGGACUUCACCAGACAGGAGAAGAAACGCCUCGCUAUGGCAGUGCGCGAGCGACAACUGGGCGCUCUGGGCAUGCGCAGUAACGAGCGCGGGCAGGUGACGGCGCAGUGCUCGCUCACGCAGCAGGUGGCCGACCUGGCUGAGGAGAACGGUGCCGUGUGCUGUAUCUGUCGCGAGGGAUACAAGUACCAGCCCACCAAGGUGCUGGGUAUCUACACGUUCACGAAGCGCUGUCCCGUGGAGGAGUACGAGGUGCGCGCACGCAAGACGCUCGGCUACACCACCGUGUCGCACUACAACAUUGUGCACGUCGAGUGUCAUAUGGCUGCUGUUAGGCUGGCUCGUGCUAGAGACGAAUGGGAGAGCGCGGCGCUACAGAACGCGUCGACUCGCUGCAACGGGCUGCUGCCGCUGUGGGGCCCGCAUGUACCAGAGUCUGCAUUCGCUAGCUGUCUAGCCAGGCACACUACUUAUUUACAGGAAUGCACCGGACACCGCGACAUCGGUCACACUUGCACUCUCCAUGAUCUGAAGUUGUUACUGUUGCGUUUCGCUCGUGGCCGUACGUUCCACGACGACACGGGCGGCGGCGGCCCACUGUCCAACAUGCAGCUCGUGCCCGCGCUCAUACAUAUGGCACUUUAUGUUAUUAAUACGAGCCGUGUAGCAGCCCGCGAGGUGUCAGCGCUAGAGGCAGCAUUAGCGUGGGCGCCGGCGCGAUUGCUGGAGUCUGCGCACGACGCUGAGGGGCCACUGUACUUCGCCACGCUCAUGCUUAUGCUGUAUCCGCAUGCCAAAUGGCGCUCAGUAAAACUAGACAUGCUGAAACGUCUCCUCGUGAUUGGUCAUGUGCGCGGCGCGGCGCCGGGCGGGCCCGCCAUACGGGCGUUACCGGCUGAUCUGCGUGCGGUGGCCGCGUGGGCUGAUUACAAGCCGUAUGCGCUGUUCGUGGCUAUCAUCGAUCAGCUGUAUACUGUUAUGUUUAAGAACGUAAGCGCAACAACAGUAGACCAGUGGCCGAUAAAACUAGCCGAAUACAUACGUCACAACGACGAAGCGAACGGCAAAGCCGCUGAGCGCAUCGUCACGACUCUCACCGACGAACUCUUACCUUGCGCCUCUUUCGCGGAGUUCUGUGACGCUGCCGGCUUCUUGGAAGACAUCCCUGACCCUGACGCCUUCCUUCAAGUCCUGAUAGAUGAGCAGCCUUGAGACAGGGCCUUCGUGCCCACAUGCCUUAGCUACAAUGGGUGCAUGGCUAGCUAACUACACUAAUUUUACAUAGGCUAACUUGUAAUAUUGACCUCUGAAUAUGUAGUAGUAUUUAGGGGUCAAUACUGCAAGUGAAUUAUCAAAAUUUACAGUAGCUUCUAUAGAAAAAAUAUAUAGAUUUUUAUGCAUAUUAUAUCCUUCAAAAGUUUAUCUAAGUAUUGUCGUGCACAUGAUAUAGUUCAGUGGGCAAGGCCGUGUCACUCGGCGCGAACAUCCCUUCACUCGAGGCUGCGUUGUAAUCAUUAUUAUCGCGAUGUUUAAUCUGAAAUGUAACACUGCUUGUAACUGAUAAAUUAUUCUGUAUUUAAUCGUAUUCACUUGUUCGGUGCUUCAAAUGUAAUCUGUAUUUGGGUUUUCUGCAAUAAAAUAGUUUCUGCUUCA